AUGGAACAUCAGAGCCUUGAGGACUUGAACCAAGCCAUCAGCGCUUAUGGGAAGGCCAAGAAGUGGCAGCAAGGGCUUCAGCUGCUGUGGCAGAUACCCGAAAGACGGUUAAGCCGCAGUGUGGUGAGCUUCAGUGCUGGUAUCCAUGCCUGUGCAAAGGUAGGUCAAUGGCAGAUUGCCUUGACCCUCCUGGAGGAGAUGGCGAGGGAACAAGUUCUGGCCAAUGUGAUCUGCUUCAACGCCGCCAUCAGUGCCUCUGGGAAAGGUGGCUGCUGGCAGCUUGCUCUUCAGCUACUCUCUGAGAUUCCCACUGCGAAGGCAUCCGCAAACGUGGUGAGCUUCAGCGCCGCCAUCUCUGCCUGUGAGAAGGCCAGUCGGUGGCAAGAGGCCCUAGGCAUCUUAUCGGAGAUGCCAGGGCGCCGUGCUGAACCGAAUGAAGUUAGCUGGAAUUCGGCGGUGAGCAGUUGCGAGAAGGCAGGUGAAUGGCAGUUGGCUUUGCAGCUCUUCUCUCAGAUGCCUGAAGCUGGACUUCGGCAAGACACGAUUACCUUCAAUGCUGCAAUCAGCGCCUGUGGCAGAGCCGGGCAAUGGGAUCGGGCAAUCCAGAUGCUGGGGGAAAUGUCCGUUGCCAAGUUGCCUGCAAGCGUCGUUAGCUUCAGUGCCAGCAUGACAGCAUGUCACCAGGCUAGUCAGUGGCAGACAGCCCUGACACUUCUCAGCAGGAUGCCGGAGAAGAAGGUGUUGCCCAACACGGUAGCCUUUAAUGCCGGCAUCAGUGCAUGUGACAAGGCCGGGGAGUGGAUGCUGGCUCUUCAGAUCUUGUCCGACAUGCCAGCUGCAGCUGAACCGAACGUUAUCACCUACAGUGCUGCCAUCAGCGCCUGUGCUUCAGCUGGACAGUGGCACGCGGCUGUCUGCUUGCUUGAGAACAUGCUUCUGAGAGGGAUAGCUCCGAGUGUGAUCAGCUUCAAUGCUGCAAUCAGUGCAUGUGAGGAUGCUGGAUUUUGGCAACUGGCACUUCUGCAUCUGGCAAACAUGCCUUCGGCCAUGGUGUUGCCAGAUGUCGUCAGCUUCAACGCAUGCAUCAGUACAUGUGAGAAGGGCGGCAACUGGCAGCUAGCCUUGGCGCUCUUGUUCAACAUGCUUUCUAUGCAACUCUCAGCUGACAGGAUUAGCUACAGUGCGGGAAUCAGCGCCUGUGAGAAAGCAGGGAACUGGGAGGCGGCACUGGCACUACUUGCUACAAUGGGAGCUGCUAGGGUGCUUGCCAACGAGAUCACCUUCGGUGCUGCUAUCAGUGCCUGUGAAAGUGGCGGGCGAUGGCAGAUGGCCCUGCAGCUGCUAUCCGACAUGCCACUUGCCAACGUGUCCGUUGAUGCUGUCAGCUACAAUGCUGCUAUAAGUGCCUGCCAGAAAGCCUGGAACUGGCAAGAGGCUCUGCAGUUGAUGUCAGAAAUGCCGGCACCAAAUGUGGUCAGCUUCACCACAGCUCUGAGCGCUUGUCAGAAAGGUUUUCAAUGGGAACAGGCCUUGCACCUCUUUCGGGAGAUGGGGGCGAGGAGAGUGGACCGAAACGUGGUCAGCUUCAGUGCAUCGAUAAGCGCGUGUGAGGCCGGAGGGCAGUGGCAGUUGGCGCUGGAACUGCUCCGUGAGAUGCUCCACGUCGAAGUCCGGGCGAAUGCCGUCAGUUUCAACUCCGCCAUCAGCGUCUCUGCUUCCGUGGGGCAUUGGCAGAAAGUCCUGCAGCUGCUUUUCCUGAUGACACAGUCCUCCUUGCCCCCGGAUGUCGUCAGCUUCAACGCCAGUCUCGCUUGCUUGGCUUCCGUGAGUCACGAUCGAAGCUGGGAGAUGGUUCUGCUGCUGCUACAGAAGAUGGCGAAGGAUUCUGUGAAGGCUGACGUCCUCAGUUUCAAUUCUGCCCUCCGGGCCUGUGAGACGGCAGGGCAGCACCAGUUUGCUGUGGAAUUGAACUCCGAGCUCGCCGGGCCCGCUCUGAGCCGACUUCGGCGAAAAGCGUAG